CGUGCGGGGGGAAAGGGAUCCCUUUUUCGGGGCUGGCCGUCCGGAGGGCCCUCCUCCCCUUCCUGGCGAGAGAAGGCGAGGCGGCGGGGGGUCCGCCAGCCGGCGAGCCUUCUUUGCCAGCCCUGCCUGGCCAUCUCCCGCCCGGCUCAGCCAAUGGCAGCGCAGGAAGGGGGCAGGUUUUCCACUUAGUCACUCUCGCGUGGAGGGAAGGCAGAGAAAGGAGCAUCCUUUUUUUUUUUUUUAAUUAUCCCCCGGCGUGGUUGAGGGACGGGACCGCUGGGGUCUUUCUUUCCCCCCACUCCUCGUGGUCAAGAGAGCCAAGAAGCGGCGCGCCUCCCUUCUUCAUCCUCCACCAGCCCAGCUUUGGGGUCGCCUUCUCUCGGGGUUGCUGUCCGGCGAAGCCGCCUGGGAACCCUCCCUCCGUUUGCAGGAUGAUCGCCGCUCAGCUGCUGGCCUAUUACUUCACCGAGUUAAAGGAUGACCAGGUCAAAAAGAUUGAUAAAUAUCUAUAUGCCAUGCGGCUGUCGGAUGAAACUUUGCUGGAUAUUAUGGGUCGCUUUAGGAGUGAAAUGAAGAAUGGCCUCUCUAGGGAUUUUAACCCAACGGCCAGUGUAAAGAUGCUGCCAACCUUCGUAAGAUCAAUUCCCGACGGCUCAGAGAAAGGAGAUUUCAUUGCUCUGGAUCUUGGUGGGUCUUUCUUCCGAAUUUUGAGAGUAAAAGUCUCACGUGAGAAGAAGCAGAUGGUGCAAAUGGAAACGGAGAUUUAUGAAACGCCAGAAGAUAUUAUGCACGGCAGUGGAACACGGCUUUUUGAUCAUGUUGCUGAAUGUCUGGGAGACUUUAUGGAGAAACAAGAAAUUAAGGACAAGAAAUUACCUGUCGGGUUCACAUUUUCAUUCCCAUGUAGGCAGACUAAACUAGAUGAGGGCGUUCUGAUUACCUGGACAAAACGUUUCAAAGCAAGUGGUGUCGAAGGAGCUGACGUAGUGAAUCUCUUAAACAAAGCCAUCAAGAAACGUGGGGAUUAUGAUGCGGACAUCAUGGCAGUGGUUAAUGACACUGUUGGGACAAUGAUGACCUGCGGAUUUGAUGACCAGCGUUGCGAAGUUGGCUUAAUUAUCGGUACUGGCACAAAUGCCUGCUACAUGGAGGAGAUGAGGCACAUUGAUCUGGUGGAAGGGGAUGAAGGCCGCAUGUGCAUCAACACAGAAUGGGGUGCAUUUGGAGACGACGGUUUAUUAGAAGACAUCCGGACUGAAUUUGACAGGGAGAUUGACCGGGGCUCCCUUAAUCCUGGGAAGCAAUUAUUUGAGAAGAUGGUUAGUGGAAUGUACAUGGGUGAGCUUGUCAGGCUUAUCCUCGUCAAAAUGGCCAAAGAAGGUCUCCUUUUUGAGGGGCAAAUCACUCCUGAACUUUUGACCAAAGGGAAGUUGGAAACUAAGGAUGUUUCUGCCAUAGAGAAGAGCAAGGAAGGUUUGCAUAAAGCCAAAGACAUACUGACACGUCUCGGGGUUGAGCCUUCCCAUGAAGACUGCAUCGCUGUCCAGCACGUGUGCACCAUUGUGUCGUUCCGCUCUGCGAACCUGGUGGCAAGUACUCUGGGCGCUAUCCUGAAUCAGCUGCGGGACAAUAAAGGAGUUGGCCGGCUGCGCACCACCGUGGGGGUGGAUGGAUCCCUUUACAAGAUGCAUCCACAGUAA